GAGGAAGCGGAGCAGCGGACGGCACUGGCUCGGUAUUGCGCAUCGCCUCGUGGAUGUCUGUGGGAAUAUCGAUCUGUGGAGUAGCGGGCUGACAGACUCGACCAGGGACAAACGUCGGCGCAUGCAGACCCCCGCCAGGGCCCUGUGUGAGAAUGUGUGUUGAAUGAGCAGAUACCUGUGCUGUGCGACAAUGAGGGCGGUGGCGCUGCUGUGUCUGCUGGUGGUGGUGGAGGUGGAGGUGGGAGCCUCCAGAAUCAUCCGGGACUCGGCCAGUGCGUCGGUGUCUUCACAAUCCCACAGUCCCAACGCGUCUGCGCUGUCGCCGCCGUUGUUGCCGGGCUUGCCGAAGGGUUCCUCGCCGCCGAUGUGCUUGAGGAGAACAGAGAUCAAACACGCCUUCAAAUACGUCAACACCAUCGUCGCGUGCCUCAUCUUCGUGAUCGGAAUCAUCGGAAACUCCACGCUGCUGAGGAUCAUCUACAAGAACAAGUGCAUGAGAAAUGGACCCAACGUUCUCAUCGGCAGUUUGGCACUCGGAGACUUGCUGUACGUCAUCAUCAGCAUCCCAGUCAACGUGUACAAGCUCAUAGCGGAAGACUGGCCGUUUGGCGUGUACGUCUGCAAGAUGACGCCCUUCGUCCAGAAGGCUUCGGUGGGCAUCACCGUGCUCAGCUUGUGCGCCCUCAGUGUUGACCGCUACCGUGCGGUGACGUCGUGGAGCCGAGUGAAGGGGCUGGGGAUCCCUCUGUGGAAGAUGGCGGAGGUGACGCUCAUCUGGCUGGUCGCCAUCCUGCUGGCCGUGCCGGAGUCGCUGGCCUUCGACAUGGUGGAGUUUCCUUACCGAGGCGACACGCUGCGGAGCUGUAUUAUGCCUCCGCAACCCAGCAGCGACUUCUUGAAGGUCUACCAUCAGGUGAAAGACUGGUGGCUGUUUGGCUUCUACUUCUGCCUGCCGGUGGCGUGCACCGGGAUCUUCUACACGCUCAUGUCCUGCGAGAUGCUCAGUCGCAAAAAAGACAUGCGGAUCGCUCUCAACGACCACAUGAAGCAGCGGCGGGAAGUGGCCAAGACGGUCUUCUGCCUGGUGCUGAUUUUCGCUCUCUGCUGGCUGCCGCUCCACAUCAGCCAAAUCCUCCUCAAAACGGUGUACGACCCGUACGACCCCAACAGGUGUGAUCUGCUCAGCUUCCUGUUAGUGAUGAAAUACAUCGGGAUCAACAUGGCCUCGCUAAACUCCUGCAUCAACCCCAUCGCACUCUACUUCGUCAGCCAGAAGUUUAAAAACUGCUUUCAGUCCUGUCUGUGCUGCUGGUGCCGCCGGACGUCUCCCGCCGACGACCUGAGCCUGGGAGGAUGGAAGGCUUCCUGCCACGGGAACGGACUGGAUGGCUCCAGUUCCCGCUCCGGCACCAGUCAGAAGUGCUCGAGCUCCUCUUAAACGCAUCAAGUGCCUCUUCUUCUGAAGCCACUGGCUGCCCACCGUCACACUGAGAGGAGGAGAAAGGUUUGCCGACUACACACCAGGAAAUGAGGAAUGGAUGUGGAAGACUGUGCCAGUUUGCCAUCAGAUUCACCCCUUCUAGCACUCGCAACACUGAAGAUGGAUGCCUUCGUUUAUGACGGCGCACCAGGGCGUGUGGCCUGAUGAAGCUUUUAUACCUCAUGUGGAACGGUGGGAGGGAAGCCAUGACCCAGACGCAGCGCUUGAUCCCUCACACUUUGAUUCGCCCCAGAGAAGGUGGCGUCAGAGCUGCUCUCAAUGUGACUUCCAGCUGCCGUCCAGGUGGUUCCACUCCCGCUGCCCAUAUUACGUCAUGACCAGCGUGGCUUCCGGUCAUUACGGCUGAUGUGAGAUGGUUUUCUUCCUGCUUGUAUAACUUGUAUUUUUCUAAGAAAAUGUCAGACACUUGCAGGGGCGCUGCCUGUUUUCCAGACGUGUCCGCUGUGUCUCCUGCACACUGUGGCAAAAUCAAUGCUGUCGACUUUUUACUGCAGCAGAAGUGCCGAGCCUGUUCCGAUGCCUUCCUGCGAUGCCACGGAUCCUGGAGAGGAAUACUUCACCGGGACUUUGUGAGCACCAUGAAAUGCAUGGACGCCUCUUCAAAAGAAGAAGAAGAAGAAGAACUAAAUGAUGGAGUUUGGCUGUUUUUGACCUGGUGGGAAGGGGUCCUGUAGAAAACUGACUGGACUGUUGCAAGAUAUGAACUGACUGACUAUUUAGCAAGCUGUGACGAGAUUCUAACACAAGCACUUGAUGCUGCGCCCAGACAUCACUAUUGCCUUCAGCAGUAUUUAAUACCAAUGUGCAUGUUAUCAUUUUCAUUCAACUGUGGCUGUAUGAAAGAAGAUAUCUUGGUGUAUAUUGAUUGUCUAAACACUCAUGAUGAUUGACUUGGUGUGUGUAAGACAUUGUUUUCACCCAGUCUUUGGUCCCGAGGGACUUGGUUCUGGAGGACUGGAGCAGCCGGCUCCAUGCCAGGGGACCUGGAGGAUGGACACUAGUCACGUGAACCAUGAAUGUAUUGUAUGGUAGCUCUGAUUCAAGUUCAUUUAUAACAGUCAUACCUGUGCAAGAAGCACGAAUAAAUAUGAUU